AGCUGAUAACGAUGGGCGCAUGUGUUGUCAUGUGACGUCACUCUGCCCGAGGACAGGCGUUGUUUUCCGCACAGGAGGCUGAAGCGGGUCCGGUCCUGCAGGUCCAGAUCAGGAACACUCAGCUACAGGCCGAUAUGAGGCAGUGAGAGCGCAGCAGAAGCAGAACCAGAACCGGAAUCAUCUGCGAUCACCAUGACGACGCAGCCUUAGUGCUCAGCAUCCGCAUCCUCAGCAUCCUCAGCAUCAUCCGCGGCUCAGGUGCGCCGUCAGUCCGUCAGGCAGGAUGGAGUUCAAAGAGCUGGUGGACACCGCCGAGAAAUGGUGCUCCGGGAAUCCGUUUGACCUGAUCUUCGCCGAGGACGUGGACGAGAGGAGGCUGGACUUCUACGCCGAGCCCGGGAUCUCGUUCUACGUGCUCUGCCCGGACAAUCUCACCGGAGGAACCGAUAAUUUUCAUGUGUGGAGUGAAAGCGAGGACUGUCUUCCGUUCCUGCAGCUCGCACAGGACUACAUCUCCUCCUGCGGGAAGAAAACACUGCUGGAGGUGCUGGACAAAGUCUUCAGAUCCUUCAGGCCUCUCCUGGGCCUUCCAGAUAUUGACGAUGACGCAUUCGAUCAGUAUCACGCAGAUGUGGAGGAGGAACCAGAGCCAGACCACCAGCAGAUGGGUGUGAGCCAGCAAUAAUGCCCAGCAGAGAGGCUCCGCGCUGGGCCACAGUCUCUGCAUCGAGCCCUGCUCUCCUAACCUUACUCACCUGGCUCUUCUUCUUACAGUAUACACACAAACACACACACUGCAUCAUUACACCCUUUAAAAUCUGGACAGCUUUUCCUGCACCCUGAUUUUAACUCAAGUGAUCAUUAUUUUGAUCAAUAUUAUUUCUCAUUAACUUCUCAAGCAGAGACAAAACAAAUAUCUCAUAAUAUUUUUUUUCAAUAAUCUGGAGGCAGUAGAUUAGAAACUUAAGUUCUGAAUGGAAUACCAGUGUACUGCAUACUGCUGCAUUGUCACAUGACCUCAUUAUGUCGCAUGUUUAAUUCAGUGUCAUACAGUUGUCAAAAUUACUGUAGGAUGUUUUGCAUUCGCAUCCAAAUUUGUGGUAAAAAAUGUCUUAAUUCUUGACAGUGUGAUCAAAAUGUAAAAGUUGCAAUUGGUAUCACGUCCUAUUCAUUCAUCAAAUUGGAAAUAGAAGGUAAAUGCUGCAUAUAGGGCAGGUAUUCCAUGCAAACACAAAAUUUACAUGGAAAAUAAUAAGAGUAGUAUGCUGUUCUGGACAUAACACUUUGAAUUGAAGUUGAAUAAUUAAUGAAAGUCUCUUUUUAUGUGCUUUAAUGAAUCAUUCACAAUUAGACCGGGAACAUGUAUUAAGUAAGUAAAUGGGGUCAGUUAUUUUGAUUUCAUGUAGUGAAUCUAGAUGUCCUUUGUGGAUUUAUUGUACCUUUGAAUAACACAUUUACCCCAGAUCUUGUCUUCGUAUUGAAAUGUACUUUAAAUCAAAAAAUAUCUGCUAAAUGACAAAUAACCAAAGCUGACUGCAAGUGCAUAUAAAGUAUCUGUGUUUUAAGGAUCAAAUUAAACAAGAUCAGAAGCUAAAGUCUAAUUAUCACUGAUUCAGAGGUGAUGAGGUUAUUGUGUUUUUGGGUGGGUGAGAUGUUUAAACAAACCCUUGAUUAAUCCUCUCUUUGCCUUUAUUGUCUUUUGAUUGUAUUAAUCAACGUCCUCUGAGUUAAGAAAGUUCAACUCGAGAGUUUAACCACAGAAAGGUCAAACUGUGUAUCUAAGUCUAAACUCUUAAAAUAAAGGUUCUUCUGCAGUUCAACACUGAAUCCAAUUCUUAUCAAGAUCCAUUUUUGGUCUCAUAGGGUUCUUGAGUUGAAAUAGACUUCUUUAAAGGUGCUCUGUACGAUUUUUAAAUAUAGUAUCAGCCCACACCCUUUUAAAGAUAUAGGGCCCUAUCAUACACUCGGCGCAAUGCAACACCAGGCACAAUGCAAGUGUUUUUUGCUAGUUUCAGCCUGAUGCAGUUAUCAUUUUCACAUCCAGUGGCACGUUGUUUAAAUAGCAAAUGCACUUGCGCCCAUCUGUUCACCCACGGGCGUGCUGGUCUGAAAACAAGGUGUGUGCAGGUGCAUUGUUGUCGCGUUACUAUUUUGACGCAACUGAAAACGAUUGCACCUUUGACCAAAUAAAACCUGGUCUAAAGUCAAUGGUGCAGUAUUUUUUUUAUUUAAG